GAAGACCAUUUUUUGCUAUCUGCUAUAGCCAUUAUUGAUGUUAGUGAUGGUAAACUUGUUCUUAGGGUUGGGGAUGAAGAGCUGUGUAUUAUUCAAGGUGAGGAAGAUUAUGAAGAUGACCCCAUUAGAGUUGAGCAAGUAGCCUGUUUAGAGGCUACCGAGUUCAUGGUUCGAAAUAAGGCAUUUAAGGAGAUUGAUAGAUGUAAAGAAACGAGACUAAAACCCUCCAUUGAGGAUCCACCUAACUUGGAAUUGAAAGCUUUACUUGAAACACUUAGAAUAUGCAUUUCUUAA